CAAAACCAAAACAAAACCCCGAGAGGCGAAGAUGACGGAAGAAUUUGAAGAGCACGGCGUGAAAAUCAAUGUCAAGGGCACGGUUCAAGCCCCGAAGAAGAAUGAGGUGAUGUUCAAUUCGGAAAUGAUGGUGAACAGAUCAAUUGUACUUUGUGCUUUGGCUGCUUAUAGUGAAUCCGGAAGAUGCAUAAAUGGUCAGAUAAGAUGCCUAGAUGCACUUGGAGCCACAGGAGUAUCUGGCCUAGCAUGGUCUCGUAAUGUGCCAAAGGCAGUGGUUGUGAUCAAUGACCAGUUGCCAGCAGCAACACAGAGAAUAACAGAAAAUGCUGCCUCAAAUGGAUUAACAGUUGAAGUUACAACUGAAGAUGUUAGCGUCCUGUUACAUAAGAGGACAUUUGACUUUAUAUUUUUGGAUUGCUAUGGGUCAUCCGUUCCCUAUCUCGACGCAGCCUUCCGCAACGUCCCGAAAAAUGGCAUUCUAGCCAUCACCUCGACAGAUGAUGCUGCCCUCUAUGGAAAAGCCGCUGAUGUUACAAUGAGGAAUUAUGGGGGAUAUGUCGUCAAGACCUCUUAUGCAAAAGAGCUUGCAGCAAGACUUGUGCUUGCUAGUGUCAUCAGAGCUGCUGCCAAAUGCAACAAAGGCAUAGAAGUGGUGUGCUGUGUGGCCUUAAAGAGCUUCAUCACAGUUGUUGUGAGAGUUUUGCGAGGGCCAGCUGCCGCAAACAAGUGUGUUCGUAAAAUAAGGCGCGUCAUACAUUGUUGCUUGUGUGAAGACAGAGCUUUUUAUCCACAAACUGUCUAUCCUCUUGAACAACCCUAUUCUCUGUUGUCAUGCGACUGUCGAAGUAGAAGUGCUGGAAAGUUGGCUGUAGAGUUAGGGCCUGUUUGGUGUGAUGAAAUCUUUGAUCCAGCCUUCUGCCAGGCAAUGUUAAGACAGGCCAAUAACUUACAGUUUCCUCACAAAGUUACAAGUUUGCUUCAGACUAUAUGCAGUGAGGCGAGUUGCAGAUCACAGCCAAGCACAGACUCAGGCACAGGAGGAGACAAGGAGAACACCUUAACAGAAGGCUUGGAAAAGAGCAUGGCCUCUCUCCCAGAAGAAGAGGAGGAGGAGGAAGAGCCACUGCAAGUCACCUUUCAAGAGGGGGAGGAAGGUGAGGGGGGGAGAAUACCAAAGCGCAUAAAGAUGGACCAUUCUGUCUUGCGAUCUCCUCCUUUCUAUUUCAACCUUCAUCGGCAUUCUCCGAAAGGUCAUGACUUGGGGAAGAUCAACAAAGUGGUUGAAUACUUGCAGCGUGCCAACCACAAGGCCAGUCGAACGCACUUUGACCCAGAAGCAGUCAGAACAAACAUUACCUUGGUGGAAUUCGCCAGUCUUUUAAUUGAGUUUUCCAAAGCACAAAAUUAGUUUGUGAGAAUUUUGUGUUGCAUAGUUGAUCAUGUAUGUAAAUCCUGAAGUUAAAGGUUACAUGUGAUUCUGUAUGUUAGAAAAAUGAAAGUAAAUCUUGCCAUGAAAUUAGCAGUUACCUUUUUAAGAUACAGAAGCUGUAGGUUUAAUGUAACAAAGAAGCUGAUGAAUUGUUUUCUUUAUUUGAUUGUCAAGAUGUUCUUUUACUUUUGUAUAUGAUUACAAUUUCCAAAGAUAAAAUAUCACUAAAAGCAAGUGAAGAGGAUUUUUAUAUUUCAUUUACUUUUUAUUUAUUUAUUUAUUAAUUUUCUUGUUUUCAUACAUUGGUUUGUCUCCUCAGUUAUGUACUAUGUUGAUUUGCGAUCAUGAAUUUAUCAAUUAUUUUUAAUUUUUUUUAUAACUUGUUAAAUAGAUAUAUUUUUUUGUGUAUAUAUUCAGCUGAUUGAACCCUGAGAUGAAACUCCCGAGGAUGUAUGGAUCUCCCAGUCAGACUUACUAGGUUUAUUGAACCACGAAAUGCUAAGGGAUGAACAAAAUUGGUUUCAUAUUCCAAGUUUGCAUUUUGUGAUAAAAAAAAGGAAAUAAGGAAAAUCCAGAUUUACAAAAGCCAAAAGAUUAGAUGGUGCAUUAGUGUUGGAUCUAGUCUGUUAAGUAAGGCCAGUUUUGAAAUGUGUUAAGUUUGCUCAAAAUCACAGAUGUACAGUAACAUGAUUUUACUGUAGGAGGCAAUGUUAAAUAAACAUGAAUUUUGUCAGGCACAUUUCUUUGUCUGUUAUUAUGGUAUAGAUUAAAUGAUGGAAAAUCGAACAGGAAUUACCAAUUUGCCAACGUGGUCAAUGAAUAAGUCUGUUAGUGUAAUUUACAAAUAAUUGCUGUAUUUCUGGAUACGGUUGUAGACUGCCCUUAGUUAUAAAGAGAUUAAUUAUUUUUGUGGUUUAUUUCUUUGUAAGAAAUACUAGAUUAAUUUCAGGAAACAAAGA